AAAAAAUGCCAAACCCACCGAACAGCAAUCUCCGCGCCUUCAAUCUGGCCGUACAAACGCUCCUCAAAAACCCCUCUCAAUUCCUCCCCCAUCUCACAAUCCCAACAAUAACGCAUCUCCCCGAACAAGUCGGUCCCUCAAUCGCAGCAAACCUCAAUCUUCAACCAACAGAUGCAUCCAAAACCAAGUCACCCACUAUCCGUGCCCUCGUCCUUGACAAAGACAAUACCCUCUGCCACCCCAAAACCACGACAUUCCCUUCACAGAUCCUCGAUAAGCUGCAUGCCCUCCGCACAUCACACACCUCCCCCUUCAACCGCGAACAACAUCCGGAUUCGAUCCUGAUUGUGUCUAAUCGUGCGGGGUCGCAUCCGCGCUAUGAUGCGGAGGUGCGGGAGCUUGAAGAGCGCCUGUCGGGGUUACAAAUUCCUGUGUUUCGGUUGCCGGAGGGGAGUGAAAAGAAGCCGUUUUGUGGAGAGGAAGUGUUAGAGUGGUUUCGCGAGAGGGGGGUGGUGAAAGGCGCGGAUGAGAUUGCCGUUGUAGGAGACCGGUUGGGCACGGAUGUGUUGAUGGCGGCGCGGAUGGGUUCGUGGAGUGUUUGGUGUCGGGAUGGAGUUACCGAGAGCGUGGAUCCAAAAGACGUAAGGCCUGGGAUGAAUCUUCUGGAGAAAAUGGAGGUUUGGGUGGAGAGAUAUCUGAGGGAGACGAAAGGAUUGAAGGCUCCUCCACCUUGUGGUUGGGACCGUCAAUAGCUUUUCUACGCAACUGUUCACCUUUUUCCUUGACACGUAAAUAAAUACCCAUGUAUAAUAGAUAGAGCUUGUCUUCUACCAAAAUCACUACAAUUGAUACGGAUACCUGUCAAAUGUGCAAAAGGUCUGUCUUAUGAUGCUGGUUCACAUUGGUAAAGAUCUCGAAUGUAUGCCCGCGAAGAAUUUCACAGCUUCGCAAAAACAGAACAAAUAUCGCUUGGGCAACCAACAUGGUUAUAUAGAUGUCAACAAACUGACAAGACCGAACCAAAGACGCAAGCAUACGACAGAAAUGACCAUAACAAAGGGAAUAUGCAAACAACCCUAAUCCCGCCAACCCAAAAGCACCAAUCAAAUGAGAAUUCAAACAAUCUCGCCAAUUGUGCGACUUUCUGGCAUAACCACGUUAAAAGGCCCUGACCAGGUAUAUAAAGUCCAAAAAAAAAAAAAAAAAAAAA